CCGUGACCAGUGUAGUUAUUUUUAUCUGCUCCUCUUCUCCGAGUUUGCUGUCGCCUUCACCCUCGCUCUCGCCCCCAAUUUUCCUACAGUGCCCCCAGCUAGAACGGUUUCAGUCACCAUGAUCGCCCCCGUCGGAGUGCACCUGGUAGGAAGCAUCCCCUUGCCUGACACUGAGCAGGUUUUCAGGCAAGUCCCAGUAGCGUUGCCAAACCGCCUCUACUCGAUCCCAGACGGCGAACCGGGUGUCCGACAGAACUACAUCCGCUGGGAGCUUCCCUGCUUUCCCAAGGAGACAUACCGCCCGUUCUUGCCAGGUAGCACCGAGUUACCUGCAGAUCACCCUGGCUUUACUCAGGAUUCCGUGGCGCCUUCUCAGUACGAUGACGCUGCGCUCGAAUCCUAUAAGCGAUUCGUGCAACUACGCGACCAAGGCGUCAUCCCCCCGGGAGUACGAUUCCAAGUCUCGCUCCCAUCACCCCUAGCCUGCAUCCAGGGGCACUUGCGUCCUGAAUUCCACGAACAGCUCGAACCGUUCUAUGAGCGCCGUAUCCUCGACUCACUGAACGCGAUUGUAGCCGGUAUCCCAGCUCAUGACCUUGCCAUUCAAUGGGAUUUGCCCUUCGAAGUGAUUGAUUUGGAGUAUGAGCGAGGUCGGUUCCCCGACGACUUCCCCUUCAAGCCGCACUUUGCCCCCGUCAAACAGGGCGUCUUGGAUCGGAUUCAGCGUCUCUGCGCGGGAAUCCCUGGAGAUGUUCAUGUCGGCUUCCAUCUAUGCUACGGUGAUCUAGAAGGCAAGCAUCUUAUUGAACCUGAGGAUCUGGUGUUGCUGGUGGAGCUCGCGAAUGAUAUCGCAAAGACAAUCAGACCACACGUGGUGAAUUGGAUCCAUAUGCCUGUGCCCAAGAGCCGGGACGACGUGGCGUACUUUGAGCCGUUGAAGGGAUUGGCGGUGGAUGAGGAUACGCGGCUGGUACUGGGAUUGGUGCAUUUCGACGACGAGGAGGGGACGAAACGUCGGAUUAAGGCUGCCCAGGAGGCCACCGGGAAGAGGUUCAGCGUGGCAACUGAGUGUGGAAUGGGGAGAAUGCCGAAGGAGCAGCUUGAUAAUAUCCUGAGGAUCUCGAAAGAGGUGACGCAGCCUAUUCACUAAGUGGGCACAAGGGGCUCUCGUAUGACGGAUUGAUGUCGCUCACUUGCUGCUUUAUGUUCGUUAAUCGUUAAUUAGAAUGCAACAAACAGUAGACUAUACUGGAUUUGUUCUCAUUCCAGGGCCCCUCAGGCGUCCAAUCUCUUCUGUCCGUCUCCGCGAACCCGGCCUACUACUCACCUCAUUCUCAGCCAAGACAUAUAUUAUACAGAUCGACAAGAUAAAAGACUUGUUGUCAUCCGUUUCAAGGCUCUCACGAUAACUUCUCAAUCUCAAUCUCAAGUAAAUUGUCUGUCUCGGUUGUAGUGUGCGGCGGAGGAGUUUUCAGCACGAGUGGUGGUGGAGUGGUAUCAGUAGCCAUAGUUUGGUGGGAAGGGGGUCCUCAAGGAGAUGAGGUAGAGGUGGGGUCCUUUGC